AUGGCCAAAAGACCACGUGAUCCUCGCAGCACCGCCAGUGCCGCAAGCCAGUUCCACACGCUGCGCCAGAUUCCAUCCAUCGGCCCGGCUCAGUGUCGCCAGAUCGUUGCGGUGCUGGACGCGGAUGGGCGGGGCACACGCGUGCAGCAACGACGUGAUGAGGUGCGUGGCGAGGUGAUGGAGCACCUUCAGGUCAUGGACCUGCCGGCCAAGGAUCCCGCAUCCAAAGUCCAAGUCAGCUACAUGUCUGUAGCCGGCGUGCUGCAGGCUAAGUGCAACGCUUGUCCACUGUUCCAUGACUGCCUCCGCGCAAUAGCCCAGCAAAGAGACAACCAGCUGACGCUGGUGGUGUACCUGGACGAAUGCACGCCUGGCAAUUUGCUCUCUCCCGACAAUGCUCGGAAAUCCAACCUUACGUACUGGACCAUCCUCCAACUGCCGCAUAUUUACCUUGAGGACACUUGGCUCACCUUGUCCGUGAGCCGGACGUCAGAAAUCAGUGCUUUGCGGCAUGGCAUGGUCACUCUCGCUGCGGCGCUACUGCGAGCUGUGCGGGCGGAGACAGUCAGCGGUGUCCCGGUGGAGCUUUCUGGCUCGGCGGAGCUCCUGUUUUUCGACCGCGCGCUUCUUCUCGCAGACCAGAAGGCCUGCGCGCUGCCACUGGCUGCAAAGGAUCUUCGGGUAUGA